AUGAAAAAAAAGAAUUUAGCUCGAAGAGAUCGGAAGCACGAAGAAAACUUAGAGGAGGGAGGAGGAGCUCCAUCGUUGAACAGAGCCCAGAUCAUGCAGCAAACCUAUCACGGAAAUAUGCCACUCAUGCACCUUGAAUGUGGGUCCUCGCUUGGAAACGUCCUCGUUUGGAAAUCCGAGGUUGAAGCGACGUUGAACAUCGAGGGACCAAUUGAAGAUUAA